GAUCUCCCGGCUGGCACCGCCGGGCCAGAGCGAGGCGCUCGGCGCGCGAGCGAAGCUGCGACUUGGACAAGCAGUCCCUUGAGCUGCACGCGACUGGUGUCGAGCAAAAACGGCGCCUCCCAGCUAUGGGUCGAGGAUGUGGGGAAGGCCGAAGGCUGGGUCAGCGCCCUCCGCAAUGCACACACGGAGUGCCUUGCAAAGUUCAAGCACUGGGAAAGCCGAAGAAUGUCGAGCUGCGAGAGCGGGGGCGCUUUCCCAACAAUGCCGAGCGCGAGAUUGCUGUGUUUGCCUCUGCUGGGCCCAGGUCAAUCUGCACUGGGGGUCCUGCAGCGGGCCAUGGCUGUGGAUGUGACCCCAGCCCGGCCCAUUCGGGCCAUGCCUCGUACCUCUUUUGUGGGUGGUGGCAGUGCGCGCUUCCGCGGCUGUGUUAAGUCGCUCUGGGGGUCCAGCGACUCUCGGCUUUUGCUGUGCUGCAAGCUUGUCGAGGUUUCCUUGUUGGCUUUUGCUCCUCCGAAGCUCCCUGUCAGACGCCUGAGAAUGUCCAUUACCAAAAAGAGUGCUUGCCUUGUCAUAUAG